AAUAUAAUAUAAUUUGUCAGCUACCAUGACAUUUCUCGCGCAGGAACAAAAGGUCGCGAGAUCGAAACCCGCAGUUAACUUAAAAUUAAAUGAUUUGAAAUGAGAUGCUAAGUAGCGGAGAUUUAUCAUAAUUUUGAGGUGGAUCUUCAAACGCCACAAACGUGGGCCUAAAAAUGGGUUGAGGAUCGGUCAAGUAAACUGUCGGGUGAUCGGUCGCACUCAAUAUCUAGUAUUUGUUGCUUAAAUUUCAAUUCAUACCAAAUAGCCUCAGAUCGCUUUUCUGCAAAUGCAGGCGAAAACAAAAGUAAAAAUUUAAUAAUAACUUUUCUGCACAAGUUCAAUAGCAAUUUAGUUUAAAUUACAGAAAAUUCGGUAUAUUUAUCUAGCCGAAAACGUACCCUGCACUGAUAAUUUAUUAUCUUCUAUCAAUGCGUUGGGACGCAACAGCCUGUUUCGAGAGAAUUAAAAGUCCUUUUCUUGGAAGGUUUCCCAUGAUCGGGUGGUUUGGUGAAACAAAAAUUUGAAGGAUUUGUUGUUUUAGCGUGUGAAAAACUCUAUUUAAAGGAUAAUAAAUGUCCUCACAAGGUCCAUCAUGCCUCGUCUGCUGGGCACUUAAUUGCGCUUAGACUACGGGGCAGAAUUCAGCAUUUGAUACCACCCUGGGCACUUGACUGGGAUCAAGUUACAGGAAAGAUGAAAGGAAGAGGAUCACAGGCUCGGAGUAUAAUGCUUCGCACUCGUAUAUCAGCUGUUAUGCUCUCCAUGGCCGCCAUUAUGUCGUCUAUAUAUGUGGCAGGACGUUUAUGGCAGGAUGCAGAGAAUAGAAUCUACCUUUCUAAAGAGCUUGACCGGAGAACUGGUCAGGGACAACCGGCCAUUUCAGUUGAUGAUACACUCAAACUUUUAGGUUGCAGAGAGCAAAAGAGAAGGUUAGCAGAACUGGAGAUGGAGUUAGCUGCAGCCAAGCAACAAGGUUUUGUUCCUAAGCAUUCAGUGGCGGACAAUGCGACAAUGACAGGCAAAAGGUUAAUGGCUGUAAUUGGUAUCAUGACAGAAUUUGGUCAUAAGUCCCAUAGAGACUCUAUACGGAAGUCAUGGAUGCCAACAGGUUCAGCAUUGAGAAAACUGGAAGAAGACAAAGGAAUCAUCAUCCGUUUCGUUAUUGGUCGAAGUGCAAAUAGGGGAGAUAGUUCUGACAAGGCUAUUGAUGAUGAAAACAGCAAAACAAAAGAUUUUUUUUUUCUUGAAAACCAUGUGGAGUCUUCUGAAGAAUUGUCUCUAAAGAGUAAGUUAUAUUUCAGCAGUGCAGCAGAUACAUGGGACGCUGACUUCUAUGCGAAGGUUAACGAUAAUGUAUAUGUUAACAUAGAUAAGCUAGGGGCAAUGCUUGCCACUCAUUGGGAUAAACCACGUGCCUAUAUUGGAUGCAUGAAAUCAGGAGAGGUUUUCACUAAUUCGAAUCAUAAGUGGUAUGAACCAGACUCAUGGAAGUUUGGUGAUGGUAAAUCAUAUUUUCGUCAUGCGUCUGGAGAAAUGUAUGUGAUAUCACGAACUGUGGCACAGUUCAUUUCAAUAAACAAUGCUAUACUUCAUGUGUAUGCACAUGAGGAUAUAUCUGUUGGAUCGUGGAUGCUGGGUUUAUCAGUUAAGCAUAUUGAUGAAGUUCAACUUUGCUGUUCAGGCUCAGUACAAGGUGGAAUAUGUGCAACUGCCUAGUUAUUUAUCAAGGAUGCUGCCUGUUCUUGGAUGAAAGAUUUGAGGGAACCCACUGGCUUAUGUUUUUACAGCUUGUGGGUAAACCAUCUUCAGGAAUGCUGUUUUAUCAUUGCUAAUUUGUCAUCAUGGGGAUGCUGCCUGUUCUUUUCAAUGAAAAGAGAACUCCUCAACCUUUUUCUUCAUCUUAUGUCAUCCAUCUUCAGGAAUAUAAUUUUACCUUGUGUUGAUCCACCAAAAUUACAGAAGAGCGCGAAUAUCCUCUAUGGAGACCCAGAGGAUCCUCAUUGCUUGUUUGUUAAAGAAGCAUUUUUAUUCUUAAGCAAUUCGAGCUUAGUAUCAUUUUUUAAAUUUUAACAGGAGAUCCCAGUCCAAUCAUUUUUUGUGGCAUAUUCAGCAUAAUGUUCCCAAUUUUCAAUGUAAGGGUUUUCAAGUUGUGUAACGUAAAGAUAGGUAGGUCAAUCUGCCAGAGCCUCUCUGACCAUUUACUUUGCACCGAACUGAAACACUGUAUCUAGUUCCUAAUUCAAAUAAGCUCGUAUCUCCUAUUAUUCAUUAUUUAA